AUGAUUAAUACUCUUCAUUUGACAAGAUUAUCAGCUUACUCAAGACCAAUUACCUGGCAACUUCCAGUGUAUCCGGCAACGAGAACAAGGCGUUUUCUAUGGACUAGCAUUUCUUCUUCUCUAAAAUCAUUUCUUCCUAAGCUUCCUGAAAGGCGGCGGUUGUUUCCCACCAACGGCUUCCAGGUCGUUGACUCAAAUAUAGCUAUUGAAGAGGAGGCGAUCCCUGACUAUAAAGCCGAUCGAUUUUAUCCCGUUAAACUCGGAGAGGUUUUUGAAGGCCGUUUCCAAGUGAUUGCGAAGCUAGGAUUUGGCUCAUCAUCGACUAUUUGGUUGGCCAGGGACCUCAGGCAUGUUUCUCCCCACUCCCUAUGUUUAAAGUACUUGGCUGUGAUAACCUUAUCUAACUGCUGUAGGCGUCAUGAAUAUGUAGCGUUAAAGGUAUAUAUGCAUACGUCUAAAUACCUCAGGGAACCUCCGUUUUACGAUCAUAUUUCUCGCCAUCUUACAAAUACUAAAUCACAAUAUGAACGACAAAACAUACGACGAGUAUUGAGCACCUUUCAACUAGCUGGGCCCCAUGGUAUACAUCCCGUUUUAGUUUGUGAAGCAUCACAGAUGAGCCUCCGUGAUAUGAAGACCGUCUUCUUUCCCAAUGGUUUUGAAGAAUCUUUUGUCAAGGCGGCUACUAUUGAGCUCCUUAAGGCUGUAGAGUUUUCCUCCACACCCGCGCAGGGGUCGUUCACACCGGUAUAUAUACAUCCUGGCAACUUGCUACUGGGCUUGUAUGAUAACAAUGUACUCCAAGUUCUCGAAAAGAUGGAAUUUGAUUCGCCUGUUCCUCGCAAGCCGGUUUCGGACUCUCGGACUAUCUAUAUGUCGCGACUAGGCAAACCCAAAGAGGGGCCAAUGCUGUUAUCUGACUUUGGAGAGGCAAGAAUUGGCCCAGGGCCCCAUGGCGGAGAUAUUAUGCCACUUGAAUUCAGGGCUCCUGAGGUUCUACUAUAUGUAGGCUGGAGUUAUCCAGUUGAUAUCUGGAGUGUUGGGCUUACAAGGCUCUUUACAGCUCGAGAUGAAGAGGAUGGCCAGGCGUAUGAUGCGGUCCAUUUUGCUGAGAUGAUUGCAGCCCUGGGUCCUCCGCCAGCUGAAUUUUUGGCCAAGAACCCUGAGCGACGAGCUGAUUUCUGGGGUGAGAAAGGUGAAUGGCUGGAGCUGGCACCCAUCCCAGAAGGCAGAACACUUGAAUCCGUGGAGAACCGGCUGGAAAACAACGAGAAAUUCUUGAAGUUCAUACGGCGAGCUCUGACUUGGAUGCCUGAAGAGAGACCUACGGCAAAAGAGCUAAUGCAGGAUCCCUGGUUGACAUCGUAG